GAAAAGGACUUUGACUCCACUGUUAUAGCAGAUGAAUCUCAAGGGGUGUCCAGAGCAUUGUGUAGUCCUGUUUUGUUGGGUCUCGGGAGUUAAAUGCAAAGUGAAAAGGUGGAGUACUCGGCCCGGAUGCAACUCUCUUUUGCUCCAGAGCCAGGGCACCUGAAGGGAUGUAGUCCCAGAAAAUGAGAUACUACCACUGCGCGUGGGAACAGAGUGACUGACCCACCUUUGGCUCUCACUUCUUCCUGCUUGGCAGUUGUGGUGGUGUUUUUAAGCACGGAAGAACUAAAUAUCCAACCGCAACAUUUUUUGUUUCAAAAGAGGGACGCCAAGUGUCCCCUUUCCCGCUCCUCCAGCGAUGCCCCCACAGGAGCUACUGGAUUACUCCUCGCCCACCUUGAGAAGAUGCAGCACCCCCAGCAGAGGAAGCGGCUCCGAGCUGGGCAUCAAGUGCGUCCUCAUAGGAGAUGGGGCAGUCGGCAAGACCAGCCUCAUUGUCAGCUACACAACCAACGGAUACCCAGACCAGUACCAGCCCACUGCGCUGGACACCUUCUCAGUGCAGGUCCUGGUAGAUGGGGCACCACUUCGUAUCCAGCUGUGGGACACUGCAGGACAGGAAGACUUUGAUUGCCUCCGUUCGCUCUGUUACCCUGACACAGAUGUCUUCCUGGUCUGCUUCAGCGUUGUAAACCCCACAUCCUUUCAGAACAUUAUGGAGAAAUGGAUCCCUGAAAUACGGACACACAACCCCCAGACUCCCGUGGUGCUGGUGGGAACACAGUCAGAUCUGCGGGACGACGUCAAUGUGUUGAUCAAUCUGGACCACUAUCAUGCCGGGCCUGUGCUGAGAACUCAGGCCGAAGACCUGGCUGAGAAAAUCCGGGCUCAGACUUACAUCGAGUGCUCUGCUCUGACUCAAAAGAACCUGAAGGAGGUUUUUGACACAGCCAUCAUCAGUGCAGUUGAGCACAAAGCCCAACAGGAAAAGAAAAUGACAGCCAAAGGAAUAAAAACCCUCUCCAAGUGCCGGUGGAAGAAGUUCUUCUGUUUUGUCUGAAGCUGGUUUGGGAAUGAAGAGGCCUAGAAGUGGGGAUUGGACUUUGCACUUUCUGCCACAGAGGGCAAAGUGGCUAACUGAAUCAAAAAGGGGCUCCAACAAGGAGAGUGUCGUGAGCCAAGGGGACGUGGAGCCCCAGGAUUUGCUGGGUUGGGGUAGAACUUUCCUGGAAGACAGGAAGUGGACUUGUGUAGUAGUGCCAGGAUACCAAAUGGCUCAUGCAAUCUUAAUAGAACUGGGGUGGUUUGAAGCUUCAUGUACUGAGUUCAGUAUUAAAGAACAGCCAAGCCUGUCAUUUUAGGUACCCAGACAGCAUGGGCAGUUUCCAGAACCUCCUCACAGCAUCUUAUUUAAACCCAGGAGAAGCCGAUGCAGUGGGGUGGUGCCAUGCCGCUGCCCCCGCCCCGCCCCCCCGGACAAUGGCAUUGCUGCUUAUUGGGGCAAGGGCAGGGCUGCAGGGCCAGACUGACAGGUGCCGGUGUGCCCUCACAGUCUUGUCCUUCCCACAACCCUGCCCCAUAAUUUGAAGUGGUCCCUUUUUCAGGAGGGAAGCCAAGCAGCAGCACUCUCCACCGCACGGGAUUAAACUUGAGAUAUAUUCUUGAGGCUGAUAUCUCCUUUUCAAGGCGCAGGCAAGGAUUUCUCUGGGAGACAACAAUGUCAAAUAGCAUGGCCUGCUCAAGGAAAAAGUAUAUUUUAUACUUUGCUUUCAGUCCUUCUUCAGGAAGCAGAAUAAGCCCUCCAGGCAGCAGGGUGUUUCUAUGAAGGAGUAUCAGUUGUGUGGCACAUCCUUAAAAGGACAAAACAUUUUCUAGUGAAAUGAUAUGCGGUGGUCCCUAUGCUUCCACAAUGCUAUUCCAAUACAGUACAUAAUUUUGGAUAUCUUUGGACUUCUUUUUUAAAAAAAAAGUUCCACCGAAAAUGUAUUUAAGGCUUUUGGUAGGGUAGGGAACCUUCCGGCAUCUAAAUGUGAAUAUUCCCCUCGUAAGAUGGACCGAGUGCAUUUGAAAGAACUGUAAGAAAAUUUCACUGUUGUGUGAAACAAAUACAGUAUUGUAAAAGUGAGAAGAUAAAAUAGAAGGAGGGAAAUGACAGUAAAGGAGAAGCAUGUGACAAGAAGGGCAGAGAGAUGGUAGGAAUGAAGGAGGAGAGAGAGAGAGAGAGAGAGAGAGAGAGAGAUACAGAUACAGAGAGAUACAGAGAGAUACAGAGAGAUACAGAGAGAUACAGAGGGGGUUUAAGUAAGGUGAAAGGGAGGCAUAAAGCAGCAUUUCCCAAUGUAGUGCCCUCCAGAUGUUUGAACUUCCAGAUCCCAUCAGCACAGCUGGCUGAGGCUGGUGGAAGAAAUCAAGAGACAGGAUAAAUCAGGCUGGCAUAGAGGAAUCAAGAGACAGGAGAGCAAUGUUGUCAUGGGGUUUAGAUAAUGUUAGCAGAGAGUUUUUUUGGUUUUUUGCACUAAGAAACCCUUCAGUGACCUCACCUCUUGAUGGUUAGUCAUACCUCAGAUUCAAAUGAAGGAAGAUGCAAUAGGGGAAUUGUCAUGGAAAUAAGAUCUUUGAUGUGCUGUACUGAAAUCAAGGAAAGAGACUGCCGUUCUUCCUGUAUCAGGAAAGAACUGGCUUUGCGACCUAUGGGUGGAGCGUGAGAGCCAGAAAUUCUGGCAGCCCUGGAGUAGCAGAGAUUCCCACCUAUGGAUAAGGAUCCGAAUGCAAGCCUGGACCUUUGUAUAAGAGGUGAGAGUGGCUGCAAAUUGUUCAGCACAGAAAAAGAAGUGGCACUGUUUUACUAAAUACACAAGUAUUUUGGAAUUCACCAGUUUCUUAAAUGCCAGGCUUCAGAAAGUGUGAAUGAGAAGCGGGAACCUGAGUGGCUUUGCUUAUUCCAUUGAUGUCUCCACAGGCAGGAAACUGUGUCCAGAUCAGGGAUUGACCAUCGCGUGCGGUAAUCAUGCAUAUUUUCUUUUUACUACGCGUGGAUACACUGGGAAGCCCAGCCAUGACUUUCCAGCGUUUGUACGCCUUGUGUGAUGAUCAGCACACAGUUUGCAUGUUGCUGUGUUUGAAGCAGUUCUUGAUCAUCGCUAUUCUAGAGUUGUACAGCACACUUUUGCUGCACAAGUAGGAAACGUUGCAUGUUGGGUCUUUAUGCAUUUCCAUUGUACACGGGGAAAGUCCUGAAAGGAGGUUGGACAUCCUGGCAGCCUUGUGUUGAGGACUGAAUCUUAAAGGCAGUGCCAACAGCAGGAGUUCAAAGGCACUAAGCAUGCUUCCCUUUUCCUCCAAUACUAGGGAAGGUUGCAUGAGUGUUGUCCGCUCAUGUUUGUAGCAUUGGAGGGAUUCCAAGGAGUUCUUCCUGGGAAAGAAAGGAUCCUCAAUCCUGUUCCCAUUGCCCUAGGGACUGUGUAUCAUACACUUUUUGUUUUGUUUCCAAAUAAAGAUGUUUUGUUUUAAGUAUGAAUGUGGUUCUGUGAAUUGUUUUCAUUGGUGGGAAAUACCUUCACAGAUUACCUGCAAAUGGAAAUCAAUUCAAGGUAGCGAAAGCCUAGUGAUGAUGAGUAAGAGUCACAUAACAUUUUCUUCCCGCAGAAGUAACAAGACACAAGUUGCAAAAUGGCAGGUGAAUUUCAGCGAUCCAAAAUUAAACUGGGAAAAUCGGACUCCUCAGCCUUAAUCACACGUGUGUGGUUGAAUUAUUGAGGACCUCAUUCUAUAUAGAUUGCUAAAUAAAUAAGCCACAAUAUAUCCCUCAAAAAGCAAAAUAAACUGUUAGGAGCAGUUACAGACAUAAUUAAUAAAUAUAGAUAAUACAGGUGCCAUCAUACACAAAGUAAACCAUUGGGUGGAAUUCAGUGUUGUGUUAUUAUAAUAGUUCCAUCUGUGCAACCAGUUCGGUUUUCUGCAUCAUUUCUUUUGGCAGUAGGAAAGGGUAUCUGUGCUGUAAGGCCAUUACUUUCCUAAAAUCAUUAUUUCACAGCAAGCUACUUGGAAACCAGCAAAAUAGACAUAGACUAAGCACUUUAAUCCUGCUGUAACCAACCGUCACUUGACCUGGCCAAGUUGCAGCAUGCCUUGCUGCUUGGGCGGCAGCCAGGGGGGAGAGUUUCUGUUUUUGGUGUAUUUAAUUCUAAAGGAAAUCUACAGUGACACAGAUUUUAGAGUUGCUGAGUCAGCUGCUACUGCUGUUUUCCAGACUAACUGAUGAGAAGCAAUUUGAUGGAAACCUAUCUGACUGGGAGUGAUAGCAAACUGUCAAAGAACCUUUGGAGUAAUUCACUGCAAAAACAAAAGCAUCAUAGAAUCAUAGAAUCAUAGAGUUGGAAGAGACCACAAGGGCCAUCCAGUCCAACCCCCUGCCAAGCAGGAAACACCAUCAAAGCAUUCUUGACAUAUGCCUGUCAAGCCUCUGCUUAAAGACCUCCAAAGAAGGAGACUCCACCACACUCCUUGGCAGCAAAUCCCACUGCCGAACAGCUCUUACUGUCAAGAAGUUCUUCCUAAUGUUG